AUGGCGGAGGGGCGGAGCGCGGCGCGGAGGGUGCUGCAGCUGAAGCGGCGGCUGGGCGGCGCGCAAGAGCCCGCACAGAUUAUAAAAACACUUAAAGUACUACAGGAUUUGGAUAUAUCACUGGAUAUCCUAGUGGAAACUGGCAUAGGCAAAACAGUUAAAGGUUUUAGGAAACAUGCCGAUGUUGGGAGUGUAGCUAAAACCCUGAUAAAACAAUGGAAAGAACUUAUUCCUCCAGAAAAGAAAAGUGAUCACAGAGGAAGAAAACAAAAUACUGGAAAAGAAAAAGAUGAGACAAAAUCUUCAGUUUCCAAGGAGAUUGAGCCUUCAGAGAAGUCCAGAGCAUCUGUACUGGCCUCCAGAAGUUCCAGUAGUGCGCUCAUUUCUAAAAAGUUGAAUAAGCAAUGUACUUGUAGUAAAAAGACCUGCCCAAGUAGAGAUUCUGAGUCUCAAAAAGGUGGUGAUAACAAAGAUUGUAGCAGCAGUGGUUCUAGGCGUUCUUCCCAAGGUACCAAUCCUAAAGCUAAAGAAAGUGACAUCAAAGACAGACCCUCCACAGACAGCAAGAAAUCUUCAAAAAAGCAGCGUUCCUCUGUAGCCAACAAAAACUUACCAGCCCUGAAAGAAAAGCCUAGUAAGGAUGCUUCCAAGCAGACAGAUCCUAAACAUGUGAAGAAACCAGAACAAAAAAUUGUGAUAAAAAGCAAAGCUGAAUCAUCUAGUGAUGAGGAAUUUGAGCCCCCUACUGUGUCUUUUGAAUCUUACCUUAAUUAUGAUCAGGUUGCCAAAAAAAGAAAGAGGAAGGCUUGUUCUACUGGUGAACAGCCAAAGAAGUGCAGUGAACCGAACAGCUUAUUACCACAAAAGACUUCAAAAUUUUCUCAUGCAAAAUGGGGAGAGGAAGAUGGAAAAAAAUGUGAGGGUGAUCAGUCAGAAAAUUACAAUAAAAAGGCCAAGGUGGCAUCCCUCCAAGAUCUUCUUAAUACCCCACUGCCUAAAUUUCUGACAGGCAUCUCAAUCUCUUCUCCCCCAUAUACUACAGACUUUGAAGCUCCCCUAGCACCUGUUGUGGAAGCACCCCAGCAACUCAGUGAGACGGCUCAAUUCACAGGACAGAGACUGAACUCUAAAAUGCAAGUUUACUCUGGCUCUAAAGCAGUCAGUCUUUCAAAGAUGCUUACACUCUACGAACAGUGCAUCCGUGUGCUUCAAAAUAAUAUUGAUUUGCUACAUGAAGUAGGAGGUGUGCCCUUUGAAAUUCUUGAGCCUGUGCUAACACGUUGCACACCAGAACAGUUGUUGCGAAUAGAGAAAUGUAAUCCGGUAAAUUCUGCCUUGUUAACUUCAGGGAAGCACGGAGGACAUGAGGCAUCUGUUUCUGCCUUUCUUACACCCUUUUUGAUAAAGACAUUUACAGAAGAAUCUGACCACCUGUGGAAGAGACAUUGCCAGAGAGAUUUUAAAAAUGAGAGUCUCCCGGAACAUGAGCCUUGGCGUGAAAUGUACUUGAGACUGUUUAAUCAGAGAGAAGAAAAACUGAAGAGGCUUACAGAAAAUAUUAUUUCAGCUCAGUCUAAGCAACCAAAAGGCAGGCAAGUAAAAAUGGCUUAUGUGACUGGUACAGUAAAACCACCCAGGAACAUUUGCCGACAGCAAGAAAUCCAUGGGACAGCAGGACCUGUCACCCAACUUCAUCCCGUAAGGAGAUGCAAAGAAAUGAUUCCAGAAAGCAGAGCUAGGAAUAACAUACCAUCAAAUCCAGUCUCUGCUAGCAACAGUGGAAGCUUUAGCUCACAUGCAAUGACUCAACAAGGAAAGAAGCCUGUCAAAAAAAUUGCACCAAUCAUGAAGAAAAUUUUGAAAAUGUUAAAGAGUAGAAGCGGACGACCAUGAAAUGAGGCUGUCUAUUUGAAGUUUAUGUGACUAUUUGUAUAUAGUACUACAGCUAGUGAAAGUAAUGUUAAUGUAAACAUUAUUCAAUUUGCUUUAGUUAAAAUAGUUAUGAAACAUUACAGUGGAGAAUGAUUUGCAAUAAAAAUUGAA